AUGUCAACCGACUGGAUUAUCGACAGCGGCUACCUCCCCCGAUCUAUCCUGCGAAUGGGAAUUCGAAGACUAAUAGCCCAAAGAGCAGCCGAGAUCACCGCGCCAUCUCGAGAAGCUGCUUACGAGAGAAAAAUGAAAUUUGUCUCAGACCUGCGAGAGAUGCCAAUUGCCAUCGAGACGGAAGCCGCGAACGCCCAGCAUUACGAGGUCGGCACCGAAUUCCUCGCCCACUUUCUAGGCCCUAGACUAAAAUAUUCGUGCCCUUUGUAUGCUGAGCCAUCGACUAGUCUGGCUGAGGCGGAAGAGGCGAUGCUAGAACUAUAUGUUGAGAGGGCCGAUGUUGAGGAUGGAAUGGCAAUUUUGGACAUCGGUUGCGGAUGGGGUAGUGUGUCCAUAUAUCUAGCGCAGAAGUUCCCAAAAGCGCAGGUAACCGCUCUGUCAAACUCACAAACUCAGGGAGAUUUUAUCACGAAGCGAGCGAAAGAGUUGGGAAUUGCAAAUAUUACUAAUGUUGUCGCCAAUGUCGUAGAUCAUGAGUUCAUUGCAUCUUCUUUUGAUCGUGCCAUUUCCAUUGAAUGCUUUGAGCACAUGAAGAAUUAUGAGAAGUUACUGGCAAAAGUAUCAGGCGCUCUGAAACCGUCGGGAAAGCUUUUCGUGCAGAUCCUAUCACAUAAGGACUCCCCAUAUCACUUCGAGCUAGACGAUGGUUGGAUGAGCAAGUACUUCUUUACCGGGGGGACAAUGCCAUCUGCAGACCUCUUCCUCUACUUUCAGGAUAACUUGCGUGUCAAACGCCAAUGGUGGAUAUCCGGGAAGAAUUAUGCUAGGGCCUGUCAGCAAUGGCUAGAAAACUGGCUUCGGGACGGAAAGGAUUUCUGGCCGCAUUUGGUUUCGAUGUAUGGCAAAGAGGAUGCUUCAAAGUGGUAUUAUCGUUGGCAGGUGUAUUUCAUGGCAUGCGAGGAGUUGUUUGCUUAUGAGGAUGGUGAGACCUGGGGCCUCAGCCAAUAUUUAUUUGAGAAGUAG